AAUACACAGACGGUAAGGUUUUGAAUUUAUGCAUCUUGUUAACCCACAUGAGAUUAUACAAACUGUAUUUUUACAAAGGAUUCCCUGCAAAAGACUGAUGAAAGGUUUAGAGACUUACUAAGGGAGAUUAAUUCGACAUACCAUAAUAGACCCCUUAACACAGCAAACAAUAAGGAAUUUGAGAAAUAUUUCCGAAAAGUUGUAUCUGCCUUAAAUUUAUCCAUUUAUGACCUAGGUACUAAAAUUGAUAUCUAUACAGAUUUCACAGUUUACAAUCAAAUUAGAUUAGAACUUGAAAGAGAAAUGUUCAAAAGAAACAAGUUGCGGAGAGACUACUUAAGUAUAAAAAUCUGUUACCAAAGUGUCGAACGUUUUUUUCAAAUCAACUAAUCCAACUGAAGGCAAGCUUCACUAAAUCGAACAUGAUGAAAAUGGAAAUACUACAUGAUCCUAGUCCAGAGUGUGAAAACGUUGAGCUAGAAAAGAUUUUCGUUCCCCCAACUCCAACUCCGAAACCGAUAAAUUAUGAUCAAGAGCUUCAUGAUAUUUUGCAAAAAUAUAAGAAGCGUCCUUGGGGAAGUAAAAAAUAUGUAGAGUUCGACGUACAAAUAUGGAAAGUGUUCAUGGCCACCAACAACGUAAGCAAACGUAAUAAAAUGGAGGCAGUGGACGCCUUUUUGGCAUAUGACGAUGAUCGUGACAAACUGGAUAAGGCCUUGGCAAAUAGAAUUGGAAAAUUUAAAAAACGCAUUGGAACUGAAACACAUUCAGCUUGCAAAUCUGACCUAAUAAAAUUAAACAAGAAACUAGCUCAAGCAAUGUUCAAUACCAUUCAGGAAAAACAUACUACCCUAGUCGCCACAAACUAUGUACAAUCUUGUCUCUAAAAUCAAAG